AUGUUGAUGGCAAAGCACCGACACAAUGACUUGUUGUCGACAUUCAUCAGGCAGUAUCAAGAGUUCGAGGGUUACAUGGAAGAAAGGCCUAUUGCCAUCGAUGGCCAACAUCUCUCUAUCGCAGCUAUAGUGGCAACAGCCCGCCAUCUGAUCUCUGUGUCACUCGACGACAGCCCGGACGUCGUCAACCCCGUGGCACGCUCUCGCGAAAUCAUAGACCAGUCUAUAAACGAUAAGAAAAGUGUAUAUGGCGUAAGCACGGGCUUUGGAGGAAGUGCUGAUACCCGCACUAGCAACUUCGAGGCCCUCGGGUAUGCUUUGUUGCAGACACUCAAUGCCGGUGUGCUUCCUACAUCGACCCCCUUGAAAUCCAUCCUACCUCUGGUCGAUCCUCUCGCUUCGACGUGCAUGCCCGAAUCAUGGGUGCGUGCAGCCAUCUUGGUGCGCAUCAACUCCUUGAUACGUGGACACUCUGGCGUGCGCUGGGAAACGAUAGAUAAAUUGAAGGAAAUGCUCACCGCCAAUAUCGUCCCUUUGGUCCCAAUCAGGGCGAGUAUCUCUGCUUCGGGAGAUUUGGCGCCCUUGUCGUACAUAGCUGGAGCGCUUACCGGAAACCCAUCUCUCUUCGUGUUCGACGGUCCUGUGACGCAUGGCUACAGAAAUAUCGUCUCGGCUUCUGAAGCACUCAAUAAGCAUGGACUCGGUACGAUCAAGUUGCAGCCCAAGGAACACCUUUCCAUCGUGAACGGAACCGCUUUCUCAGCCGCCCUCGCCGCUUUAUGUCUCCACGAUGCGGUACAUCUGGCCAUACUCUCCCAAGUCUGCACGGCCAUGGGCACCGAAGCCUUACUUGGUGAGCGACAGAACUACGACCCCUUCAUUCACGAGGUCGCGCGGCCUCACCCUGGCCAGGUGCAAGCCGCACGAGUGAUAUGGGGUCUGCUAGAAGGCAGCCGAUUCGCUCGAGGAGAUGAAGCGGAACAUACCAUCUACGAAGAUGCUGGCGAACUUCGCCAAGAUCGCUACCCCCUGAGGACCGCACCCCAGUUUUUAGGACCUCAGAUUGAAGAUAUCCUUGCUGCGGUAGAGACAGUGUCUGUGGAGUGUAACUCAACGACAGACAACCCCCUUGUAGAUGCUGAUACGCAGAAGGUAUACAACGGAGGAAACUUCCAGGCGAUGGCUGUCACCAAUUCCAUGGAGAAGACUCGUAUGGCUUUGCAGAACAUUGGGAAGUUACUCUUCUCGCAGUCGACAGAGCUCUGUAAUCCGGCUAUGAACAGAGGUUUACCGCCAUCACUGGCAGCGACGGAUCCGUCUCUUGACUACCACGGGAAGGGACUAGAUAUCGCUAUGGCGUCGUAUGUGAGCGAGUUAGGGUACCUCGCAUCGCCCGUUUCCACGCAUGUUCAGUCCGCCGAGAUGCACAAUCAGGCAGUGAAUUCUCUAGCGUUGAUCUCAGCCCGUGCGACUGUGAACGCGCUGGACGUCCUCUCCAUGCUCACCGCCAGCUACAUCUAUCUUCUAUGCCAAGCUCUCGACCUUCGUGCCCUCCAGUUCGAGUUUUAUAGCGAAGUUGGCGGGAUCGUCCGUGAAGAACUCCACCGCCACUUCUCGUCCCUCCUGGCCCCCGCCGACAUAACCUGUCUCUUGACCACUAUCAUGCCCAAGAUCCGCAAGUCUCUGGACGAAACGGCGAAGAUGGACGCCGUUCCACGCAUGAAACAAGUCGCCAGCUCUUCCGUCGAUACUCUCCUCGACUUCAUCUCAACCCACAGCAAUUCCCCCGCGGGAAACAUCCUUUCAGCUAUCACCGGUUUCCGCGAUUCAUUCGCUUUGCGUGCAUCUAAGAGCCUUGAUUCUCUUCGCUCUGCGUUCUUGCGAAACGGGCGCGGACCUGCGCCUGCCAGUCCAUACCUCAAGAACACUCGACCUCUCUACGAGUUUGUGCGUAACACCCUUGGUAUCAAGAUGCACGGCAUCGAAAAUCUAGGAGGCUUCUCUGAAGGACUGGGCGUUCAAGCGGUCAGCACGGGAGAGAACAUUUCUCGGAUUCAUGAGGCAAUACGAGAUGGGACGACGCGCGGAGUGAUAGUGAAUAUGUUCUGA